UCUCAUCCUUCCGUUCCACUCCCACUCUGUUUCCUCUGCCUCCGCUGCCUCUUUGAUGAGGAAGAGCUAUCUUUUCUCGCUUCUGCUUCAAGAGGAGUACUCGCUGCUCUCCUUGUCGCCCUUUUUUGCUCUUUCUUGAAGAACAAGGAGGGGGACUCAGACGUCUCCGCCGACACCGCCAAAGCUGCCUUUUUUAGCGACCGGGCUGCAUUCUCAUCAACAACAACCAAACGCUCUACUGAAAUGUGCGGUUUCCUCCUCCCGCUCGUUAUAAUUCUUGUUUUUAGCCGACCGGGCUGCAUUCUCAUCAACAGCCGGCGGAACGUCGACUUUGACUCCGACGGCUUGGUGCUUGGUGCCGGAUUUGUCGCCCAUUGAGUCGGUGGCCUUCGGAAGGUUUUCGAACCUCGUAAGUGCUUUAUUGUCAAUUGGGUUCGAGACUCGUCGCUUUCCCAAGUCUGUCAGCCGUCGACGUCGAGGAAUGAGACAUCCCGUCCCACGGCCCUCGUGGAUAACAUGAAGUGACCAUAUUACCCCUCAAGAACGUGCGGUGGCGUCAAUUCAAUUCCUACGGCGAAUAUUUACAUGGCGUCGUGAUGUCUUACUGCCUCCUCCGUUGUUUGCCCAGAUCAGAAGGGUCAACAACUUCAGCAGCGACUCAUGGUGGAAGAGGCCGUGCCCUUUGCUGCCGAAUCGGCGGACCACUGGCUCUCCCGCGCCCGCCUCCUCGCCCCCCUCGCCCUCGAGAAGGCCAGGUCCGCCAAGGGAUUCGCCAGGCGGUGGAUGUCCAUCGUUUCCAAGCUCGAGCGCGUGCCGCCCUGCCUCUCCGACCUCUCCAGCCACCCCUGCUUCGCGCGGGACGCCCUCUGCCGCGAGCUCCUUCAGUCCGUCGCCGCCACCGUCUCCGAGGCUGUCGAAUUGGCCGAUCGAUGUCGCGGCGACGUCAGCGCCUCCGUCGGCAAGUUGAAGAUGCAGAGCGACCUCGACGCCCUCUCCGGCAAGCUCGAUCUCAAUCUCCACGACUGUGGACUCGUCGUCAAGACCGGCGUCCUCGGCGAGAUGGCCCUCCCUCCGGUCGCCUCCGCCCGUCCCGGCGAAGCGGAGUACGCUAGCUGGAAUUUCCACGAGCUGCUCGCCCGCAUCCUGAUCGGGCACGCCGAUGCCAAGCACCGGGCGUUGGAUGGGCUAUUGGAGGCGAUGAGGGAGGACGAGAAGGGCGUGAUGGCUGUCCUGGGACGGAGCAACAUCUCCGCCCUCAUACAGCUGUUGACAGCAACCUCACCCAAGCUCAGGGAGAAGGCCGCCACUGCAGUUUGCUUGCUUACCGAAUCAGGAAACUGCGAGAACCUGUUGGUUUCCGAAGGAGUGCUGCCGCCGCUGAUCCGUCUUCUGGAAUCCGGGAGCUUAGUAGCAAGAGAGAAGGCAGUCAUCUCCCUACAAAGGCUGUCCCUGUCCGCUGACACUGCUCGUUUGAUCGCCGGCCAUGGUGGAAUUCGCCCGCUGAUCGGAGUCUGUCAGGUCGGCAGUUCGAUCUCUCAGUCGGCUGCUGCUGGCACGCUUAACAACCUUUCUGCUGUGCCCGAAGAGAGGCAGAGUCUUGUGGAUGAGGGAAUAGUUCGUGUCAUGAUCAAUCUGCUUGAUUGCGGCAUUGUUUUGGGAUCGAAGGAGUAUGCAGCUGAGUGUUUGCAGCACUUAACAUGCAGCAAUGAGAGCUUGAGGAGGACGGUUGUAUCCGAAGGAGGGAUUCGGAGCCUUCUGACAUACCUUGACAGACCCUUACCACAGGAAUCAGCAGUCGGUGCAUUGAAGAAUCUGGUUGGUUCUGUAUCCGUGGAUAGUCUGAUCUCUCUUGGCUUGCUUCCUUGCCUUGUGCAUGUGCUGAAAGAUGGAUCUUUGGGGGCACAGCAGGCAGCCGCGGCUGCCAUUUGUAAGUUCUCCAGCUCAGCAGAAACCAAAAGAAUUGUUGGAGAAUUUGGUUGCAUACCCUUGCUUGUGAAGAUGCUCGAGGCCAAGAGCAAUGGCGCGAGGGAGGUUGCAGCACAAGCAAUUGCUAGCUUGAUGACAUAUCCUCAAAAUGGUAGGGAUGUUAAGAAGGAUGAUAAGAGUGUGCCAAAUCUGGUUCAGUUGCUUGAUCCCUGUCCUCAGAACACCGCAAAGAAGUAUGCAGUCUCUUGCCUUUUAAUUCUGUUGUCGAGCAAAAUGUGCAAGAAGAUGAUGAUUUCACAUGGUGCAAUUGGUUAUCUCAAGAAGCUCUCCGAUAUGGACAUUCCAGGCACAAAGAAGUUGCUUGAGCAACUGGAACGAGGCAGAUUACGGAGCUUGUUUAGCAGAAAAUAGAUUGAAAUUCUGUCAAACUCUGCCUUUGACCUUGCGUGCCUUAUGUUUCACUGUCCCUUUGAAACAUAAAACAGUUUAGGUGUGUGAAUUUAUCAGCUCAAUGUUCAUAUUUUCACAAUGAUAAAUUGGUUCCAAGGAGCACAUGAAGCACAUCAGUGAUGGAUACCCUGGCACUUGUAUUGCUCAAAUUUUAAUCUUUCCUUGUUGUUAUUUUGUAUGAAUAAUUUGGCCUUUAGGUCAUACACAUCAUCCCAAAUGGCUGGUCAUUGCAAUAUAAUUGGAGUUAGCUGGAGUUGGAAAUGAGCGGAGGCUAAAUUGGAUAACUACACUAGUUUUCAAUAUGUCAACCAGUGCAAAAAUGCUUGUGCACAACAAGGAAAUCUUGGCUUGCCAGUGUCACUUAUAUCAGGUACAAUUUUCACCUUAUUUAACUGGUUAAUACAGUCAUUUUUCUCUAGUUACCUUUGGUGGAAUGUUCCGAGUCAUGCUUAUUGCUCAUGUACUUGCUUUUACCAUACUGCUGAUGCGUCUUUCUGUAAAUUAGUCAAAUCUACAGGUUCAUCAGAGUCUCUACAUAAACUUAUUUUAUUCAUAUAUAUAUAUAUAUAUAUAUAUAUAUAUAUAUAUAUAUAUAUAUAUAUAUAAUAACAUGUUCAUGAAAAUGAAUUCUUUUGGCUUUUGUGAAUCUCAUCAGAUUGUUGUAGAGUAAAUUAAUAUUCAAAUUUGUUUUUCGGAAUUUAAUGUGUAAUUCUUCAAGUUCACUCAUUUUUUAUUAAGAGUUAGUAUAGAACUGGUUGGCUGUCCAAAUUGGACAAAUUUGACUGUUUUCUGACCAUAAGAAAUAAGCUGCAAUAUUUCCCUACAUUAAUUAUUGUGUUAUUUAGAAAGUCCUACCAUUUGUUGAAACUCGAUUUACCAUAUGUUGACCUAAAGAAAUUUGCCACAAUUAUAAAUUCACUGUACUAUGUAAUCAUCAUUGUAUUCUGUGGCUCUUUUUGUGUUAGGCAGACUACUUCACGUGAGGCUUCUUCCACCUACUACAUAAGGGCUUAUGCAAUAUGAUCAUCUUCUACCUACUACACAAGGCUUCUUGUUUUAGUUGUCUUUUUGCAGACCACUCUACUACAUUCAGAUUACUCACUCAUAUCUGCUGUCUAUACUACAAAGAAAAAAUUAUAUUGGAUGGUAUUUAGUUAUUUGCUUACUGAGGCUGACACCAAAGUGCUACAUCCCUAACUACAUCAUAGGAUGAUCCACUGGAUUGACAGCAACACACCAAACAGAUUGUGUAUGCCAUCUGGAUCUUCAUUUCUCAUCUUAGAUUUGUGUCCCAUACAUAAUUUUAUGUGGUUUCUCGUCUUAGGUUAGAGUUAUGUGCUUAAAAAUGGAAUUAAUCUUUUUGUGGUAUAUGAGAUGUCUUGUCAUGACAGGUUCUGUUGAGCUGUUGCAUCGCAUCACAGAUAAUUAGGAAUCAACUUACAUGCUUACACAUAUCUUCCUGGCUUUACUGAAUCUUUCAAGCUAAGCAUUCUUCCUAUUUGCUGAUGGCUCAUCUGAAGUUGAUUGAUGCCAAUCAGAGCUGUUGUAUUGCAUCACAUUUGACUAAUGAGGAAUCAACUUUCCAAUUACGCUUAUCUUCUUGGUGAGUUUUAUAACAGUUGAGGACAUAAGCCACUAUCUUCCUGGCUUUACUGAUUCUGGCAUGCUUCCAAGCUAAGAAUUCUUUCUCUUUGCCCAUGGCUCUUUGAAGUUGAUUGAUGUCAAUCUUAUCGAGAAGGAUUAGUUGUCUUCUUCGGUGUUGGUCUCAAGUAUGCUUCAAGAAAUUUAGUAUCUGCAAAUCUUCUAUAUUCUUGGGGGGGCAGAAAUUGCAGAAACCUCUCCUUGGCAAGUCUCCCCACCCCAGCUGAUUGCUGCUAUUUCAUCAAGUUUAAAUGCUGUGUCUUGUAAGCAUCAUUAGCAAUUUAUUUUUCUUUAUUUUCCAUAUAUAUAUUUCAUUUCUUCAUUAGUUAGUAUGGUCCAUUUCAAGAUAAAUGUCAUGUAAAUAUUUUUCUUUAUAAGUAUUUUCUUCAUUAGCAUCA